CUUCCUUCUCAUCCCAACCCCCUCCCUUUCGCUGUCCCCCACCACCGCUCAUUUCCUUUGACAUCACUGCUCUUCUUCCAUAUCAUCCCAGGCUCUCCAUCUCGAUUCACUCAUCGAACAGUCUAAAGGAUCCUACAAUCGAUUUCCAGGCACACUAUCGCACUAUACUGCACACAUACAACACAGCAGCAAUAACUUGGUUAGAGCAGGAACCCAGGAUGUCUUCUCAGAACCCCUUUGAACACGCCGAGUACAGACAGGCUAACCCCUUCGAGGAUACGAACCAGAUCCAGGCCGAUGUUCCGUUAACAGAGGGAAAGUCAGAGGUCGGACAGGACUACACUUCCUACACCCAGUAUGGAGACAGUCAGUCUUCUGUCUAUCAGACCACCUCAACGAUCCCUGCAGAGGACCCCAAGAUCGCCGCCAAGGCUGCAGAGCUCCGCCGUCGAGAGGAGGAGCUCGCCGCCAGGGAGCGUGAGAUUCAGGCAGCCCAGGCGGAGGCGGACCGUGUCCGCACCCAGGGCAAAAACAACUUUCCCAAGUUCUAUCCCCUCAUCUACAUGUCCAUCCCAGCAGAGAUUCCAAAAGCACACCAGUCGACAGUCAGGUUCUUGUACAAUAUUUGGCUUGCUCUCCUCGGAACACUGGCCCUGAAUUUUCUGGCUUGUAUGCUGAUGCUCCUUGCAGGCAUUCCAAACGGCGCGGCGGACAUGGGAGUGUCACUCGGCUACUGCUUUACUAUUACGGCGGCGUCAUUCCUGUUGUGGUAUCGCCCCGUAUACAAUGCCUUCAUGAAGGAGAUGUCGAUGUACUAUUACUUCUACUUCAUCUUCAAUGGAUUCCACAUCCUCUUCUCCUUCUACAUGGCUCUCGGAUUCCCAUCGACUGGUUCUGCUGGUCUUAUCAACAUGAUCCAGGUCUUCAAUGGACAUCACAUCUUUGCAGGCAUCCUCUGCGUAUUCUCGACGGCUCUCUGGUUUGUCCAAGGCUUUGGCAACUUGUUUUUUUACCGCCAGGUUCACCAGCACUAUAACCAGCAGGGACAUACCUUUGACCAGGCCAAGGCUCAGGUCACCUCGUCCGCUGUCCGUAGUGAGGCUGUUCGGAAUGCUGCCUGGACCGCCGCAACCAAUAACAGAGUUUAAGAGGCAGCGUGCGUUGUGCUGGCCACCACCUUAUCGUCCUCCAACAUCCAUUUCUGAUAUCCCGCUCUUUAUGGGCUUACAACAUAACAUUGACAUAGCACUCACCUGGAAUAAAAAAAAAAAUAACAAUAAAAGACAGCAUUCUUCAAGUUGCGCUGGACUUGAUCGCAC